AUGUCAGACAUCAAAGAUCUGCCAAAGGUGGUUAUGCUUGCACGUGAGAAUGCAAUUUUAGGAAACUACAAUGAAAGCAUCAAGCAUUACCAGGAUGGAGUGACUACGAUUCAUAAUUUAAUGGGUACUCAUGCUUCAAAAGCUACUAAAGAACAAUGGAAGGUAGUUGAAAGUGCGAUUCAGAACGAAUUAGCCAAUGUCAAAGAAAUUGUGUCUAUUAACGAAGGCUUCACAAACAACUUUGGAAUGGGACCAAAGCCUGCUCAUGGUGGUGGCGGUGGAAGGAUGCUAAGGAAUGAUUUUACGAGUGUAGAUAUCAAUGCUCCAGAACAGAGUUAUAUGAUGAAGCCUCCUAUUCCGGUUCCUGUUGCUAAGAAAGCUCCUAGUUUUGAGAGAUUUGGAGGAGCUGAGCCUUUUGCGCAUCAUAAAGGUGACCCAGUUCAGUACUAUGGGAAAGAUAUAGAUGAUUAUGGAGAAAAUGGGAAUAAUUAUUUUGUGAAAAAUAGAAAUCCGAGAAUUUUCCAGGAAGAGAAAGACCCUGAUAUAUGGGAUCCUCCUUCCCCUCCGAAAUAUAGCCAAGUGAACAAGAGGCAGCCUUCAAAGUGGAAUAAUAAUAAAAGAAAACCUCAUUUGAAGAGAGGAGGUAGUCAAAAGAGACCUCCUCCGGCUCCCUCUGCUCCAAAGCCUAAUAUGGAAGAAAAUAAGAGAAACUAUGAGAAGCCGUGGGCUGUCGAACCAUCAAAGAAGAAAUCAGGAGGGAAAUCAAAAGACUCAGAUUCCUUCUUAUACCAUUGAUAUCCUGACGGAGUUGGACCAGAUACUGAUUUAAUUGAGAUGCUUGAGAAAGAUGUUCUAGAUAAAAAUCCUCAAGUCAGUUUUGAUGAUAUAGCUGAUUUGGAUGAUGCCAAACAUACUUUACAAGAAGCUGUAUUGUUACCAAUCCUAAUGCCUCAGUACUUCAAAGGUAUAAGGAGACCAUGGAGAGGGGUCCUUUUGUUUGGACCACCAGGUACCGGUAAGACAAUGCUUGCUAAAGCAGUGGCUACUCAGGGGAAGACCACUUUCUUCAAUGUAUCAGCUUCAAGUCUUGCCUCGAAAUGGAGAGGUGAAUCGGAAAAGUUAGUCAGGCUUCUGUUCGAAAUGGCUAGAUUCUAUGCUCCAAGUGUGAUCUUCAUUGAUGAAAUGGAUUCUAUUGCAUCGAAAAGAUCGUCAAAUGAGCACGAAUCGAACAGGAAAGUGAAAUCUGAGCUCUUGAUCCAGAUGGAUGGAGCCAAUGUUGCUAGCAGUGCAGGAGGAGAUGAACAGUUAGAUGAUAGCGAAAGAGGCAAAUCAGUCCUAGUCCUUGCAGCAACUAACCGGCCAUGGGACUUGGAUGAGGCUAUUAGAAGAAGGCUUGAAAAGAGAAUAUACAUCCCAUUGCCUACAACUGAAGGGCUCAAGCAAUUGUUCAAGAUCAAUCUGAAAGGAAUCAGAGGAGGUAGCAGUAUCAAAAUUGAAGAGCUUCUUAAAUAAAUGUAAAGGUUUCUCAGGAGCUGACAUAGCAAUUCUAUGUCGUGAGGCAGCUAUGAUGCCUAUGAGGAGGAAGCUAGCCUCUGGGAAAGUUAAUUUUCAAGAACUAGUCAAAAUGGAAAAAGAGCUUGAUGUUCCAAUUGAGCUACAGGAUUUCAAAGAGGCUUUGAAGAAUAUCUCAAAAUCAGUGAGCAAAGAAAAUUUGCUAGAUUAUACUAAAUGGAUGGACGAAUACGGAUGAAAAUAAUAAUUAUCAGAAGUUUCAAUUUAUGAAA